ACUAUGGAUCUGACAGGUUUAAAACAAAAUAUAUGUGAAUCCAGUAGUGUUCAAUCAACACCGUUGAAGGAACAAAUUGCUCCAUCGAUUUUUCAUGUUUCUCCGUCGUCAAAUAAAUUUUUACAAACUCCAACGCGUAAUCAAUCAACAUCUGUUAUUAAUGCCUCAUAUAAUGAAUCAAAAAUAAUUCCAGCUUGCUUACCAACUCCAAAUCCAUCGUCACCUAAUUUUGCAUCACGCUUUCGUGCAGAUGUGGUACAACUUGUGGAAACAGGCAACAAGCACAGACAUAGUGACACAUAUUACAAGUAUUCUAAUCCUAAACAACGUGAUAAGAAAAUUUGUCGAAUGCGUAUGCCACGCAAGUUGGUACAGAUUUCGACAAUUGAUCCUGCUACUGGUCAUAUAUCUAUGCGACGAUCGGAUCCAUGGAUCAAUAAUUUUAAUGAAUACCUCAUUGCCGCCUGUCGAUCCAAUAUGGAUAUUAAAUUUAUUUGGAGCGGUAGAGAUGCAAAGGCUCUUGUUUAUUAUAUUACUGAUUAUGUGACAAAGAUGAGCCUCUCUUUUCAUGAUACAUUUGCUCUUGUUCAAAAAAGCAUUACAUCACUUCAGAAUUCAUUGCAACAGACAAGCAACGAAAGUGCAAUCGAGAAGUCGCGUAAACUUGUUUUACGCUGCUACAAUACAUUUGCUUCUCAACAAGAGCUAUCUGGAGUGCCAGUCGUUUCUUAUCUCAUGAAUUGGGAUGAUCAUUAUACAACACACAAGUUCCAAGGUCUCUUUUUAAUUCAAACGGAACGAUUUUUACAAACUCAAUUGAAUGAAACACGUGCUGAACGAAAAUUAGAACUUCUAUCGCACGGUCAGUAUUUUGAUAGCUGA